GCUUGUAGUCAUCAUACCAUGACAACCAUGGACUAUUUCCAUAAUGAAUCCUGGAGAAACACAACCCUAGACGCAUCAGCCUCCUCAUUCAGUGGCCUCCAACUCCUGAUGGAACUGAAACCACUUUUCAUCCCUCUUUAUGCCAUGGUAGUCCUGGUGGCAUGCUCUGGAAAUCUCCUCCUCCUCAUUCUCAUUGGACUGAACAAGAAACUUCACAGCACCACAAACUUCCUUAUUGGAAACCUGGCCCUGGUCGAUCUUGUGAUGUGCCUGUUCUGCGUUCCUCUGACUGUGUUUUAUGCCUUUGAUGAGCGUGGUUGGGUUUUCGGCCAGUUCACGUGUCAUUUUGUUACCCUCAUGCAAACCGCUACCGUGUUCGCAGCAGUUCUCUCUCUAACUGCCAUUGCAGUGGACCGGUAUGUAGUGGUCGCCUACCCGAUUCGGCGCCGUGGGGGUCGUUCUUUCUGUGCAUGGUUGGUGCUCAGCAUAUGGCUCUGUGCUUUGGCAAUGUCCACUCCCACUGCUCUGCACACAGUGUACCUGGAUCUGAGUGCAACGGGUCAUCAAAUGGUUGUUUGUGAGGAGUUCUGGCAUGGACAGGAGCUCAGUCGUCUAAUAUAUUCUUGUUUCUUCCUCCUCCUUUCUUAUUUUGUUCCUCUAGCUGCUGUUUCCAUAUCCUACUGUGCCAUCUCCUGCCACCUGCAGCACAGAGCAACACCUCGGCUCAUGGCCGCCACGCCUUCCAACCAGGAAAAGUGGGGGCGCAAAAGACGCAAGACGUUCCGUCUGCUGCUGGUGUCGGUUCUCUCUUUUGCUUUCUCUUGGCUCCCCUUGCAGGUGGUCAACCUGAUCCGCGAUCUCGACACUGACUUUGCUAUCUUGAGCAAAAAUCACGUCAAUGUGGUCCAGGUGUCAUGCCAUUUGUUAGCCAUGAGCUCAGCUUGCUGCAACCCCUUCAUUUAUGCCUCUCUUCACAACAAGUUCCUGUCCUAUCUGUGCCACGACUUGUUUCAGAGAAGACCUCAUCAUGCUCAGAGCAGCCUCACAACCUCCAGUCGAAUGCUUCGCAUGCACACCUCAAGUACACUUGUUGACAUUCCCAUGGCCAGUAGCAAGAUUUCACAAGACUGAUUCUUCUCUCUUCUGUGAAAUACAGAUGUUUCCUCUAUAUGUUCUAGAAUUGAACAGCCUGAAGGCAGAUUAUGUACCAUUGCUAAUUUCUUUAA